AUGCUGAUGCGCAGCCGGCGAGCAUCCUCAACAGAGCCCAAUGGCAUGUCCGAGAUUGAGGUAGAAAUUCCGGCCGGAACCCCCGUCGGCAUGACCGCCAUGUUGGUCCACCUGAACCCGGACCUUUUUCCGGAACCUCACGAGUUUCGGCCAUCUCGUUGGCUUGAUGACCACGGACGGCGCGAUAAGAGUUUGGAAAGAUACCUUCUUUCCUUUUCUCGGGGAAGUCGGCAAUGCAUUGGCAUCAAUUUGGCCUUUGCGGAGCUCUACAUGGGUAUCGCCAUCUUGAUCCGUCGUCUAGGUCAUAGACUCCAGCUGUACGAGACCGAUCGCUCGGACGUCGAUAUGGCAGAGGACUGUUUUGUCCCGGUCCCGCGGCGCGAUUCGAAGGGUGUGCGAGUGAAGCUGACGGACGACUCUGAGCGUUAAAGACUAGUCAUGACGAUCUGCUUGGUUAGAAUCUUAAAAGUAG